ACUUUACUGAAGGCUACUAUUAUCUUGUACCAACCAUCUCUCCACCUUAAACCUUCAAUUUCAACAGAUAGGGGAGCAAAAAACCUUCCAGAUUUUUCUACUCAUCUCUCUCUAUCUAUUUAUCCAUUUCAUCAAAUCUUUCUCACACAAGCUCCACGAAACCUCUUUCUUUGUCCAUUUUCAAUGGCUUGCAGUGCUACUUCCACUGCUCUUCUUUCUUCAAACCCUACCCCCAAAUUCUCUGCUUUCAACCCUUCACCUUCUCACUCAACCAUUGUUCCUUCAUCUUUCAAUGGACUCCGUAACUGUAAGCCUUUAGUUUCUCGUGUCCCACGUUCAGUUUCUUCUCGUGUUUCUCACUCCAAAUCCCGCUCCUUCGUCGUUCGCGCCUCUAGUGAAGUUCCACUUGUUGGAAAUAAAGCACCAGACUUUGAGGCUGAGGCUGUUUUCGAUCAAGAAUUCAUCAAGGUUAAACUUUCUGAGUACAUUGGGAAGAAAUACGUGAUUCUCUUUUUCUACCCACUAGACUUCACAUUUGUUUGCCCGACAGAGAUCACUGCUUUCAGUGAUCGUUAUGAAGAAUUUCAGAAGGUGAACACAGAAAUAUUGGGUGUCUCCAUAGACAGUGUGUUUUCCCACCUUGCCUGGGUCCAAACUGAUAGGAAGUCUGGUGGCCUUGGUGAUCUGAACUAUCCAUUAAUUUCAGAUGUGACAAAGUCAAUUUCAAAAUCUUACAAUGUACUGAUACCGGAUCAGGGAAUUGCACUGAGAGGACUUUUUAUCAUUGACAAGGAAGGAGUUAUUCAACACUCCACCAUUAAUAAUCUUGCAAUUGGCCGAAGUGUUGAUGAAACAUUGAGGACACUUCAGGCAUUGCAAUAUGUUCAGGAGAACCCAGAUGAAGUAUGCCCAGCUGGGUGGAAGCCUGGUGACAAGUCAAUGAAGCCAGAUCCUAAGGGCAGCAAAGAAUACUUUGCAUCCAUAUAAGGGGAUGGGAUGGUGCAAUAUCUCUGUUCAUUUGUUGUUUAGAGAGGUUGUAGAGCUUCUGUAACUUUUUUUCGUGACUCACUGCUUUGAGAUUUGAGCAUUUUUCCGAAUAAAUUGCACACCUGAUGUAUGCCCAAGUCAUCCAUAUUUUCUAAACUUAAAUCAUAGAUCAAUGACACCAUAUUGAAGGAUGGGUCAAGUAUUAUUCUCAGCCAGAAA